AUCGCAAACAGUAUAUCACACACACUGUAUAUAAUGGCGAAUAGCGAGUUCGAAUAUGUGCGCAAAUUUGAAGAGUGGGAUGCGCUUGCGCCGAGUAAUUGGAUUGUUGUGAGGAUUGAUGGGAGGGGUUUUAGCAAAUUUUCCAAACGCCAAAACUUCGCCAAACCAAACGAUCGCCGAGCAAUCGAUCUCAUGAACGCAGCCGCCAUCGAAGUAGUAAAACAAUUCACCGAUAUCGUCAUCGCAUACGGUCAAUCCGACGAAUACAGUUUUGUGCUCCACGAAGACUGCCAAUUAUUCGAGCGACGAGCAGCAAAACUCGCAACGAGUAUCUCAACGGCGUUUUCGGUAGAGUAUUGCAUGCAAUGGGAUGCGUAUUUUCCGGGUCAGGUCCUGGAUAGACCGUAUCCUACUUUUGAUGGGAGGUGUGUGUUGUAUCCUAAGAAGAGGAUAUUGAGGGAUUAUUUGAGCUGGAGGCAGGCUGAUUGUCAUGUCAACAACCUUUAUAACACUACGUUCUGGAAUAUGGUCAAGGGAAAUCCUGCUACACACACUUCGCCGAUGACGCCAACCGAUGCUGAAUUGGCACUGAAGGGCACUUUCUCGGCAGACAAAAAUGAGAUUCUGUUCAAGAGGUUCAACAUCAACUACAACGCAGAAGACGAGAUCUGGAAGAAAGGUAGUGUUGUAUACAGGAAGUUCGAAGACAAGCAGACAGACACGACGGCAGCACAGCAAUUCAUCAAGCCAACAGACGACCAGGCACGAAAGAAGCCACAAUCUAGAACACAGAUGGAGAAGGAAAAGAAGAGGAAACAAAAGGCUAGAGUCGUUGUUGAGCAUGUUGAUAUCAUCAAAGAUAAAUUCUGGCUGGAGAACCCAUGGAUCUUGGAUUAGUUGGAGAAUGAAUAGAAAAGAGCCAAGCGAAGCGAAGGAAGUGAAGCUCAAGUCACUAAAGACCUCGUGCAAUACCACAGCACCGUUCCCGCCUGGGGUGUCGGAAAAUCAGUCUUUACGGACCCUAUCCAAUCAUCGGCCAAAGCAUCCGCUGUCAACUAAUUCAGCACCAUUCAUCCAUGCCUCCUCAAAGGCAGUCCACCAGUCUCGGCCUCUCGAGCCCAUCUGACGAGCCUUACUUCUCCUCUCGACACAACAGCUGCAUCCUUCGCAAGAAGAUCCGCCCCGUAGUUUAGAACUCUAGGCACCUUCUUCCACAGAACUUGCACACCACAAGCUGCCAACUUCUCAACCUCAUCAACGAAAUUGCGAAUAAGCUUCGACUUCACAA